AUGGAGCAUUUCAACUCAUCCAACAGCACGCACACCGUCUCAGCUGAAAAAGCCAUUGCCAGCGGUGUACUGGGACUUUGCUUUUUACUUGGAGUUCCUGGUAAUAUAGCAGUAAUGAUUCGUCUUGUUGGAUGGCUAAGGGGAGACAGUUUUACCCCGAGGCUGAUGAUGAGCCUGGCUGUAUCAGACCUGCUGACUCUGCUUCUCCUGCCGGUGUGGAUCUGGUCAUUUCUGCAGGGUUGGAGCUUCGGUUUAUUAUUAUGCAAGAUUUCUUCUUAUAUGAUAUACUUGGGACUCUAUUGUAGCUUACUAUGUGUGAUUUUGCUAAGUCUGCAGAGAUAUCUGCAGGUUCUUUAUCCUCAGAAAUGGGCUAAAGUUGGAGUAAGAGGACAGAAGAUUCUUCUGGGUGGGAUGUGGAUGCUAGGUGGAGUAUUAGGGUCCUAUGCUCCUGUAGAGCGCAGCGUAUAUAUGAAAAAUGAACAGUUGGAGUGCAGACUACACUAUCAGAAUGACACAGAAAGGGUGGCUACUUUAUUCUUGGAGACUUUAAUGUUUGUGCUGACCUUCCUCUUAUUGACUUAUUUCUACUUUCAUCUUUACCGAGGGGUGAAUCGGUCAGCUUUCUUUAACAGUCACAAAAUGACAAAGCUGGUGACCAGAAUUGUCAUGGCUUUUUUUGUUUUUUCGCUCCCGUUUACUAUCAACAACAUUUUGUUUAUUGCUGCAAUUUUACUCAAGAAUGACAAGCUGUUGAGAAUUGCAGUGGAUGUAGAACAUAUAACUAAGUCACUGAUUUUUGUCAACAGCUGUGUGAAUCCACUCCUGUACGCCUUCUCUGCUCGGACUCUACAACCACCCAACCAGCAUACAACCGGAACAGAAAAUGCUUAUCCAUGAUGUAGAGGUUUGCCAGUGUGUGUGUGUUUUAUGUAAAUA